UUACCGGUAGUUGAUUAAUUCAAGUAUUAAGCUAGGCCUAAGCCUACAUCCCCCAUUUAACAUUUUUAAACGAGUGUGCUAGAAAACAAGCUUACAAUUAAUUAUUUGUCGAAUUGAUAAGACGUAAAGUUCAGGUUAAAUGUAAAAAAUUGGCAGAAUUUAAAAAGUUUUUAUAACUUGUGGUGGUAUGUUUCUGGACAUCAAAAGGUUUUAAAUUAAUUAAUAGAACAAUUGCACCAUUUUUCUGAACCAGUGAACUUCACACCAUGACUGAUAAAAAGAUGGGAGUCAAAGAAGGCCUAAGACUGAGAACAGGACGGCGCCGGUCUUCAGGCGUACUACCAGAGCAUUAUGACUCCAACAAACACUCGGCCACUCACUACUUGCCGACUCCCAGCUCAGUGUACAUCGCAAUGCUCUGUUUCCUUGUGUUAGUUCACACUAUAAUAGUAGAAAUGGAAAAACGACUGCCGACACCUUUGUUGAUCGAAGACGAACCGCUCCACCCUGGACGUUUUAUAGCGGAGAGAGCGAAAAAUCAUGUGUUAAAUUUGACCAGUUUAGGGCCCCGCCCCACUGGUAGUUUUGAGAACGAAGUGUUAGCAAUUAACUUUUUCACAAAAGAAAUUAACUCUAUUAUCGAUAAAGCUAGUAAGGUCCAUAGGAUAUCGACUGAUGUUCAAAAAGUGAGCGGUUCAUUCCCAUUGCAGUUUUUGGACGGGAUGACUAAUGUUUAUAGAAAUGUUCAGAAUGUGUUGGUGAAAAUAGGACCACAUAAAGAGUCUCCGCACAGUUUGUUGGUCAACUGCCAUUUCGACACUGUUCCUGAUAGUCCAGGAGGCAGUGACGAUGGAGCUAGUUGUGCCGUAAUGUUGGAGAUGCUCAGAGUAAUUUCUCGCUCUGACACAGCUCUUGUGCACAAUGUCAUCUUCCUGUUUAACGGAGCCGAAGAAAAUCUUAUGCAGGCCUCUCACGGGUUCAUCACCCAGCACAAGUGGGCAAGUGAGGUGAGGGCUUUUGUCAAUCUGGAGGCUUGUGGCGCCGGUGGACGAGAACUACUGUUUCAGGCCGGCCCGGAGAACCCAUGGCUCAUGGAGGCUUACGCAUCGUCAGUCCCGUAUCCCUUAGCGUCCUCCCUAGCCCAGGAGGUGUUCCAGAGUGGGAUCAUCCCUGGUGAUACAGACUUCCGGAUAUUCCGGGACUUUGGGCACAUCAGUGGUCUGGACUUUGCGUGGUCGUCCAACGGCUAUGUUUACCACACGUUGCUGGACAACGCAGCUCAGAUCCCUCUGGGAACGCUACAACGCACCGGAGACAACAUACUGCCUCUGGUGUUGCGGCUGGCUGCGGCUCCGGAAAUGUCAGACACUGCUGCUUACAGGUCUGGUAAUCUUGUAUUCUUUGACUUCCUCGGAGCGUUCAUCGUCCGCUGGUCGGAGCUGGUGGCCGCUGUGGUCAACAUUGCGGUUGUGAGCCUGUCUGUGUUCGUUGUGUGGAGAAACAUGGACGACGCCAGGAGGCAAGGUCUAGCGAAGCACAUAUACAGUCAACAGCUGGUGACGUGUGGACUGGUCAUCCUGGGCUGGUGGCUGUUGUCUCUGUUAUCAGUAGCUGUUAUCGCCACUGUUCUCACUCUACUCAACAGAGCCAUGAGUUGGUAUUCUCGUCCUGUGUGGAUCAUGUUCCUCUACGUGGUGCCAAGUCUCACAACUGCAUUGACAGUAGUCUUAGUUGCGGCUAGACGCCAGAAAAAGGUUGUUCCAUCACGGUGGCUGCAGUUCAGGUUGUUCUGGGACGCUCAUCAGCUGUUGUUCACGUUGUUCCUGGUAGUGGCCAUUGUUCUCAGGGUUCGUUCCGGGUUUAUCGUCGCAUUGUGGGUGUCCUUUGCUUCAGUGGCGAACGUUCUAACCCAGCGCACCCUUGCCAAGUACAGAGGGGACUGGAAGUGGAUCUUAGUUAUUAUGGGUGUCAUGUUGCUGCCUUAUAUACAGAACGGCUACAUGAUCAACGGAGCUCUACUAUUGAUUGUCCCCAUCAUGGGACGGAGCGGCUCCGGUAACCAUGCGGAGCUGGUGUUGUCUCUUCUAGCCACCGCCAUGUUUAUGCUGCUACUCACCUUUAUUGUGCCGAUGAUCUUGCUGGUCCGUAACCCGCAGAGAGUCGUCAGUUUUCUCACGGCUGUGUUCGCCGUGUCAGUUCUUACCUUGGUGUUGACGCCUCUCGGCUUUCCGUACUCCAGCGACCCUGUACACCCGACGCCUCAGCGGUUCAUGAUAGUCCACGUGGACAGGAUGUACCACAACUACGAGGGCGCCGUGCGCUCUCAGAAAGCUGGGUUCUGGGUUGUCAACAUGGACGUCAACAGUCCCAGAUCGGUGGCGUCGCUGGUCCCCGAGGUGGCGCAGGCCGAGCUCAUAGACGAGGAGUGUCGAACUGAGCUGUAUUGCGGUUUGCCGUACCUCAUACCUGUCUACUCAAUCGUGUGGCAAGGACACUGGAUACCAGCCCCACAGCCCAAUGUGGCUGUAGUGACAGACCUGACCCUGCUACAAAGGGAGGACAGACAUAACGAUGUUGUCAGACUGAAAUUGAGAGCCAGAGGAUCCCAUCACAUGAGUGUAGUGAUGUCACCAGUCCCUGGUGUACAGCUACUCCGAUGGAGUCUAGAUCCGGGUGAGCCGUUGAAAAGUUUAGUCAAUUUCAACGGACGACCGACGUACUUCGUCUACUUUGCCUACGCCUCUGACCCAGAACCGUGGCACUUCUGGGUCGACUUUCAGACCCCACCGGGUCACAGAGGUCCCCUGGUGGACAUGGGGGUCGGAGGUCAUUUUGUCCAUGGGGCAGACCAGAGGUCAGUACCGCUGCGUAGGCUACUGUCCAAGUUUCCACCCUGGACGACCUGCACCGCGUGGACGGCGGCGUUCAAGAGUUAUGUCUUCUGAUGCGCCACGUCUAAUGUUUAAUGUUUACUUCAGACUGACUCCUCGGUAUCAGCUCGGUUACCUCCAAUCUUCUGUAUCCUUUGAUCUUAAGUCUAAUUUCAAUAUUUUAUACCGUUACUCGAUCUCAAUGCCUUCUCAGAUAUUGUAUAAACUAAGAAGUUUUUGGGCAUCUCAAGGAAUUUCACCAUCUUCAACAAUUAGGCACUGGAUUAUAGCUUUAAAAAUUGACCAAACUAAAAUCCAGUCAACUGGAGUUACCUUUGAGUCUGAUUAUUAAAUAUGUUGUUAUAGUGCACUGAUCAAAAAGUUAUUGCUGAACAAUUCAGGGUUUUCAUAAAAUAAUGGUAUAGUUUUAUUGUAAGAUAGAAAAAAUAUAUUUUUAAAACCUCAAACACGUCAGGGAUUGUUAUAUAUUAUUUAUUAUUAAUAUUCUUCAAUGAAAAAGGUCUAUUUUAACCUAAUAAUAGCGUACACCGUGAUAAUAAACACAGCCUAAUAAUAAAUAUUGUAAGGAUACCCAGCGUUAUUUUUGUUGAAAUCAAAAGCAAGUGGAGUUACAGACAAUUGAUAAAUUAACACUUAAAAGUGCCAAACAUGUAUGAUUUCCUAUGGAAAAUAUUUUAAGUAUUUACCAAAGAUUUGCGUCAAAACAUUACUGUCAUUAUAACAUGACAGUUCAGGCAAUACGGUCAUAUAAAGUUAAUUUAUUUUGUAAUAUGGAUUGGGACUUUUGAAAAGAGAGUUAAACGUUAUAUAGGUUAUACAUUUUAGUUUAUAUGUUUCUUUGUCAUUGUUAUUUGUGUUUUUUUUAACUCUUAUGUUUACUGAAUAAAACAUAAUAAGAUUUAUUUAACUUAAGAUAUAUUUAGUCAAUGUGGUAGAGGCUCACAAAGUUGAAUAUUUUUGAAAUUAUAAUUAGUUUAAAAUGUUCACAUAACGCAAGACAAGUGUUUGGUUAAAUAAUGGAAAUAAAAAUACAUUUCCACGUACCGCUUAACUAAUAAUUGCAUUAUUCAACAUUUUGUCAUGUUUUAUAACACUUACUCAAAAACACAUCCCAAUUUUUACUUUACGACUUGAUAUCAAUCUCAGUUCUUGAAUUUUUAAACUUUUAAAUUGAAAUAUUAGCCUAUUUUUAACAAGUUACGAGAGCUUCUAAAACAAGCAUUCCUCUAUUUUGUGGGACUCUACUGUGAAUAGGAAGAACAACUUUUACAAUUCAACAACGAUUUCGAUACUAAGGUCUGCUGGGAAUAUUGAUAUGUUAAGUUUCAACAAAUGUGUUUACCAUUGUCGUUUUGUGUUUUAGUUUUGCUUGAAACCCCUUUGUUGUUCAUCCGACAACGGAAACAAACAUUAGAGUUUUGUAAUUAGUUAUUCAGUGAGAAGUUGUAACUUACUUUAAGUUAGUGGCUGUAGUAUAAAAAAUCAUUGAAUUAUAACUUAACACAUUCGCUGCGGUAGUACAACUUUAUUGGCUGCCAGGAAGUCACUGGUUGAUGGAAAUAUUUUUUUUUAUUUUUUUUUUUAUAAAAGAGGUUGGCGGCCUCUUUUAACCUUGCAUUUGCCCGUCCACAUAGACUACAGAUCUGUGCGUGGAACGUAUCCAGCAAAGCAAGGGGUGAGCCGGUACAGAACAAAGGUAAACUGUACUGAUUAAAGUUAGUGGUAGUGACCAGGAUCCGAACCCACGACAGUACUGCCUUGGGCCCGAAGUCCGCGACGCUACCGACUGAGCCACCGAUUCACCAAAAUAAAAAUUGUUCAAACUCGAUUUUAACCAAAAACAGAACUACAGUAUAGCAAUGUACUGUGUGGCUGUUUUGGGGUGUAGGUUUUACAGUUUUUUAGGUUACAAGUUUUACAGAAGCACAAGUUCUAUUACUAUUAAGUGCAGUUUGGGAGCUGGUCUAGUGGUAGAGCGAGAGGCUUAAUUCCAUGAGGUUUCGGGUCAAAUCAUUAAUGAAUUUUAUCUGUGAUAAUGCCGCAACCCUAUAGGACCAGUCUGGAGUAAUGUGUAAAACAAUAAUUCUCAGCUAGAGCCCAGAGUCAUGGAUUGUGAAGGUGAGAAAUAGAAAAGGGAAUAAAUCUGCAAGGGGAAAAUUAGCAUGAAAAUGGAGUUUUCUAGAUCCAUUCACGCUCAACCGCAUAAUUGUAAACUCCAAAUUUGUUUGGAGAAUCGCACACUAGUGUAGGCGGCUUACCGCAGCUAAUGUGUUAGCUAAGGGAACCCAAUUUUCCAUAGAAACCCAGCAUGAGGGUUUAAUAAAGGCUGAUAUGUGGUGAGAAUUAUCAAACUAGAUUUGUAAGUAUGUUUGUAUUUAGUGCCUUUAUAGUUUGUGGCAUGGUUUGUAUUUUACCGUUGACCACUGGUACUGAACCAUAUGUCUCACAUUCAUACUUGGCUUAAAAUACCUACCUUCGGUAUGGUCGCCAUUUCAGUUAAAAGUAUUAAAGUAAAGUUAGUACGGUUGUAGUGGACAGAGAAAAAUGGUUUGAUAUAAAUCUUUAGUACCUUAUCUUUUGUGGAUUUGCUUGUGUUAUUUAAACAUAUCACUGGGUUAUAUGGAUGCAAAGUCUAUUUCAGUAUCAGUUGUCUGUGGUUUUACUAUCUUUAGAUUGGUUAUAAUAAUCAUACAAAACUGAAAUGUCUUGCUGAAUGUUAAAUGUUACAAACUUGGCUGGGUUGUCUGCUAGUCAACUUGAAUCAUUCAACUUAUGUGUAUCAAGAUCAACACUGUUUCUUACCUUAACAAUCCUUAAUUGCAUAACCUAAAAUCACUGGUUACCGAAAUAUUUAAGUGCUUAACACAGUUUGUUGUCUUGUGUUGUCCUUAUGAGGAAUGAAGUUUGCUAUUCCUAUAAAUUUCACCAUAAGAUUUUAAACUUGAAACAAAACAAACAUUUCCAAGUUCAAUUUAGCAGCAAACCUAAGUAUUCAUUGAGGCAAUGUAAUUUAUACAGGGUUUUGGAUUUAUUUGUGAAUUUGAAUUUCCAUCAAUUUCUUUUUACCUGGUAAUAAAAACACUCGCCAACAAUAUAAUAUAUGGACACAGGAAGACCAAUUUAGGUUGUCCUAAUCCUAUUCUUUUAUACUAAUAAAUAAAUUAUCAAUUCUACAGGGUCAGUAAGGUAAGAAACAACAAAUUCUUGAGAUUAAUAUAAAUCCAUGGUUUAAAAACCUUAGUAUGUAUCAUUGUGGCUGGUAUAAAAAGAUUUCUCCAUUAAAUAAAAGUAUUGUAUUUAUUGUAAAUUGUACUUUAGCACAGUUAAUUUAUUAAGUUACAUCUUAACAUCAAUCUGAGCACUGAAUUAAACAGUUUUUGUAUUUGUAAAUACAUUUAUGUCUUUAUUAUUUAUGUAAUAAAAU